CAUUUGAAUGUUAUAUUUGCUGUAAUUUGAAUGGUUCAAUUGACCGGAUAAGCGCCUUGACCGGAAUGCACAGAACACUCAACGUAUUUCUUUGCACUGUACUUUUUUAGCACGUGCUUUGAACAAGUAAAUUCCUAUUAGUUUUUUUUCGGAAGUUGGACGUAUAGCUUACAAAAUGGAACCAAAUCCACCGCAAUUAAUGGACUUCAAGAGUGUUCAAGAGAUUGACGAGAAAGUGUUAACGCGUCAUAUUUUAAUGAAUAUUGGCAAUAAUAUCAGCACAUUGCGAAGUGCACUUCAAGUUUCGGUGCCAGACCAUGAUUUGUCGGACUAUGAAAUUUGGUUGCAAGAUUACAAGAUGCUUGAUCAAUCGCAUACGCUGGCCGAUGAUUGUUUUACCGAUGACGGUUCGGUACAAGUAAAUGUGGAAAUUUUGAUUGUUAAAAAACGGAUUACCAUCGUCGAUGUCAUUCAACCAUUGGAAGAAAUGACUCGACUAACUGAACAGCAGCCCGUUCCAAGCAUCGAUACGAAUGAUGCAGCACAAGUUACACAUGAUAUUGACAAUUUGGACGGUUCUGAUGACAAAAAGCUGAAUCAUUUUCCAGCCAAUAAGGUGGUUCAUUUUGUCGACAACACGGUGACUUCAUCGGCUAAGGCUACAAAUCGAAUUCCGAAGAAGCCAGUCAAAUACAUGCGAAUCGAUCAAAUUGGUUCUCCCAAACCAGUGGAGAAAUGUGGAUCAAACAAUGGAAGCAUUCAACUCUGGCAAUUUUUGUUGGAGUUGCUCACGGACAAACAAUACGCCAGCAUCAUCCAAUGGAUUGGAAAUGACGGCAAAUUUAUAAUGACUAACACAAAAGAAAUCGCCAGACUGUGGAGUGAACGGAAGGAAAAAAAGUGCCCGAAGAUGUGCUAUGAGAAUCUUUCGCGCAGUCUGCGCUACUAUUACGAAAAGGAGGAAAAUGCGAUCAUAACCAAAGUUGGAUGCGAGAAAUUCGUGUACAAAUUUACAAUAGCCAUCAAAGAUAUGUUGGGCUAUGACCCGCAGCAGCUCAGUGACAUGGUAAAUGGACGAGAAAGGGCGCCACGCCAACGACGUCAUCCAAACUAUGACAUUAACGAUGAACAAUAACCAUUUUCUAUAUUUAUGACCAAUGAAUCAUAUCGAUUGAUAGACAGUUUACUGAAUGGAUCAGUAGAACUGAAGAAUCACAUUAUUUUUUAAUGAUAUUUAUUUAAUUCUAUUUAUUUACACCGAUUGCCUAUGAGCAAUUUGAUAUUUAUUGAAAUAUGGAAAGAAAAUAUUCCCAAAUACUUUAUACAAUUUGGAUAGUAUAAAUAAAAUUGAAAUCUUCUGAAAAUUUCAUUUUGUU